AUGGCCUCACAUCAAGAGACAUUCGAUGACACCCGUUUUAAGGUGUUUACGUGGUUGAAUAAUACUCGCUACGCGGCAUCUUCGCUCCAACCUUUGGUCGGAGGCCAGGCUAACUUUACCUACCACGCCAAACUCUUGACUCCUCUUGAAGAUGGGACGACUGAAGUUGUGGUCAAACACGGGGAGCCCUACAUGGCAAGACAUCCCACGAACGAGAUCACAACACAUAGAUGCCGUGUUGAAGCUGAGUGCUUGAAGGAGCUCAACUCGGUAGAAAUACACCUGAACCAGCUUGGCGGAGCGAAUUGCACUGUCAGAACGCCGAGGUGCUUCUACUACGAUGAUGAUACCAAGACUCAGAUACAACAGUAUCUUCCCAACACUGUUGAUCUCAAGACGUACAUCCAAACUCAUUUCUCGUGGUCAACUCUCAAGAAACUUGAGCUGCCAUGCCGUAAUGUCGGCAAGACGCUGGCAGAGUACAUCUCCAAGUUCCACCUCGCCAGCGAACAUAUGAUCCAAAGGACGGCUAUGGAGGGCGCUCAGUCUCCGCCGAAGCCAUUUCCUGCGCUUCGAAGCAAUGACCAGAUGCAGUCACUUAAGCACAUGAUCAAUUAUGACUGGUUGUUGCAGCGAAUUGAUCAGUUCCCCGAGAUUUUGUCCGAGGCGAGAGACGUAUUUUACCAAGUCAAGCUACAGGCAUUGCUUCAGUCUGAUGAUAAACCCAUACACGGCGACUUUUGUCCCCAAAACAUUCUCCUUCCUGACGCGCCUCUUGAUUCUCAAACCAACAUCUCCUUGUUCGUCGUCGACUGGGAGAACGGCCAACUUGGCGUAGAGAACCUUGACCAUGGAGAAAUGAUAGGGGAGCUUUACGCCCUGUGGCUGUCUCAGAAGACGGACGCGGCGCUCUGGGUGGUGCAGGGAUACUCCGACGGACUUGGGCCAAGACCGACGGACUUUGUUUGGAGGCUUGCUGUGCAGGUGGGCGUCCAUCUCUUGAGCUUUGGCACUUUUGGGGGUAGUCCGGCUCAAGCUGAGGAUGUGGCGAGGCAUGGAAGAGACAUUGUUGUGAAUGCCUGGAAGAAGAACCGAACUUGGUUUGAUGAGAGCGAGCUUGCAUGCUUGUUUGCUCGAGUUGAAGAAUAG